CGCUGGGCGGGGUGAGCGGCGGGCGGCUUCGCGGGCAGGCGCGGGCCCGGAGGCAGCGGCUGCGUCCUGCGCCGGGGCGGAGCCGGGGGCGGGCCGGCGGCCGGCAGGCGGGGGCUGGGGCCCGAGGCCAGGAGUGCCUGAGCGCCGGCGGCGACGACGGCAGCGGCGGCCCAGCGGGCUCGGUGCGUGGGUCCGCGGCGGCUCGGGGUCCGCCCGCGGGCCGCGGUGCGAGCGGGCGGCCCGGCUCUCCUCCUCCCCCGCCCGCCGCCGCCGCUGUGAUUGGGUGGAAGAUGGCGCUGGCCGGAUGGAAAUCCUAAUGACAGUCUCCAAAUUCGCCUCCAUCUGUACCAUGGGCGCCAAUGCUUCGGCAUUAGAGAAAGAGAUUGGUCCAGAACAGUUUCCAGUCAAUGAGCACUAUUUUGGAUUAGUCAAUUUUGGGAAUACCUGCUACUGCAAUUCAGUUCUUCAAGCACUUUAUUUUUGUCGUCCAUUUCGGGAAAAAGUUCUUGCAUAUAAGAGUCAACCUAGGAAAAAGGAGAGCCUUCUUACAUGCUUAGCAGAUCUCUUCCAUAGCAUAGCCACUCAGAAGAAAAAGGUUGGAGUAAUACCCCCUAAGAAGUUCAUCACAAGAUUACGGAAAGAAAAUGAGCUUUUUGACAACUACAUGCAACAAGAUGCCCAUGAAUUCUUGAAUUACCUGCUAAAUACAAUUGCUGAUAUUUUACAAGAAGAGAGAAAGCAGGAAAAACAAAAUGGUCGCUUACCUAAUGGUAAUAUUGAUAAUGAAAAUAAUAACAGCACACCAGACCCAACGUGGGUUCAUGAGAUUUUUCAGGGAACAUUAACUAAUGAAACCAGAUGUCUUACUUGUGAAACUAUAAGCAGCAAAGAUGAAGAUUUUUUAGACCUUUCUGUUGACGUGGAACAAAAUACAUCAAUUACUCACUGCUUAAGGGGUUUCAGCAACACAGAAACUCUAUGUAGUGAAUACAAGUAUUACUGUGAAGAGUGUCGCAGCAAACAGGAAGCACACAAACGGAUGAAAGUUAAAAAACUGCCCAUGAUUCUAGCUCUACACCUGAAGAGAUUUAAGUAUAUGGAUCAACUUCAUCGAUAUACGAAACUCUCUUACCGGGUAGUUUUUCCUUUAGAACUUCGUCUAUUUAACACUUCAGGUGAUGCCACCAAUCCAGACAGAAUGUACGACCUGGUUGCUGUUGUGGUUCACUGUGGAAGUGGUCCCAAUCGAGGCCAUUAUAUUGCAAUAGUUAAGAGUCAUGAUUUUUGGUUGUUGUUUGAUGACGACAUUGUAGAAAAAAUAGAUGCACAGGCUAUUGAAGAAUUCUACGGGUUGACAUCAGAUAUUUCAAAGAACUCUGAGUCUGGUUACAUCCUUUUCUAUCAGUCUCGGGACUGAGGGGGAGCCGUGAUGAAGAGAUACUUUCUGCCUCAUUUCUUCUCUGGUUAUUUUGGAAAGGAUCAAGCACUGAUUUUUCAAGAAAAGAGAAAUGCAGGAAGCUCAGGGGGCAGUAGCACACUUUGCACACGAUAAAGCAAAGACGAUGGAUUGACAAGCCCUUCCGAUCAUGGUAGUUGAUUUCUUUGCUCAGGUAUCAUGCUGUCUGUACAGUUCCAUUCCACAAGGAGGUGAAAUCAGAGAUACCAGCUCCUCUUGUAAAACAGCCUUCCAGUCAUUGACACGCGUUUUCUCUUUAUUAAUUGCACCAAUAAUGCUUUGAAUUCCUUGGGAGUGCAGUAGAAAGAAUCGGAAUCUGUGCUGUAUUGAUAAGGAGAUGAUGUUGAACACACUGCUUAAAUUUGCCUGGUUCAGUGUGUAUAGAAGCAUAUUCAGUGGUCUUUUCAAGAGUAAACCAGAAAUACUUUUGGGCCCAACACUUGCAGUUGCCUUCCUGAUGUAAAACCUAACAUGCUAGAUAAUCCAGUGUCGGGAAGACAAAGAUGUUUUGCUUCUCUGAAGAAGCUUAUAAUAAUAUACAGUAUAUGUAUAUGUAGGGAGCAAUUGGUCAAAAGUGGCUUUUUGUUUCCCCAAGGGGAAAGACUGGCUUUGUAAUUAUAAUUUUUUCCUUAUUUAUUUUACUUAAAACUGGUAGAGUCUAAGUAUUGUAUGAAGUGCCCAUGAUUCUGUCAGUCAAUUUGAACAUAUUUUUAUUAGUUAUGUCAGUUUAAGUCAGUUUUGUUUGUUUCUAUUUUUAGGGUGAAUUUUAAAUCCUAUCUGAAAUCAGUAAGAUACCUUGAGAAAAACUGCAGUGAGAGGAGGUAAAUAUCCUUUUUCAGGAGGAACUGAUAUCUCUGGCUAAAUAUUUGUCCUUUUGUUAUUGUUUCUAAAUCAGUUACUUUCUUCAGCUUUAAUUUCAUAAAAUUAAAAAACUAUAAAAAAAUUCCUAUAGUUGUUGGAAUAAUUAAAAAUUCUGGUGCAGUGGUGGUAUACCAAUCUUUAGAAUUCUGAAGUAUUCUAAUGUUUCAAGUUGAAGUCAUGCUUGGGAAAUCUUGGCAUAGCAUUUAUGUUAUUUUCAGAUGUCAUUUUUUACCCUGGAAAGAAGUAAUAAUGUUCAUCAUAACCCUAGCAGCCUGGAUAGCGAGCUAAACGAACCCUUUGAAGAUUAAAUUUUAAUCAAGUAGACUAGGAAUACAAAAAAUAAGUCCUUCCUCCCCUUCCCCGCACCUUUACAAAUCUUACUGGAAGGGUGUUCAGAAAUUAAAAUUUGUGUUUGCUCAGACUUCAUUCUGUUGGGGGUUUUAAGAAGUAAUAUAUGUAACAUAAAAUGUAUGCAAACCGUUGCAGUUUUUUUGGAUGUUUUUCCAUGCAUCAGAAAGUUGUCUGACAGUAGCCGAAUGUAACUUGCAGAAAAUUAUUGAAAAUUAUAUUCAGAAUAAUAGCAAUCAGGCCUUGUUUAUGUUCUUUAUUAAAUUCUUUUCAGGCAGUAAAUUUAAAAAAAAAAUUGUCAUUUUCUAAAGUUCUUUUGCUAAAACUGUUGACUAUGGAAAACAAACAACAAAAAAGAAUUUUUUAGUCUGCUGCUAUUGUUAACAUUUAUUAUCUGUAUCUUUUGGCUCAGGAAAUGACUUCACCUAUUUGUUCCAUAAGCAGACCUUUAACAGGGUCACUUAGGUAAUUGGGCUGCUUAAACACAUGUGCUGGGAGAAAAUUAUAAUAUUUAGUAUUUGUACUAAAUAUCAAAAGUAUUUUGACAAGUUUAAGAUAGUUUCUAAAGCCUUACCCUGGCUAGAGAUAUUUUGUACAAAUUAUAUAUAGCCAGCCUUAUCUACCAACAUGCCACAGAGAAUCCCAAUCAACAAUGUGGGGAAAGUCAGGGCAGUGAAAGUGGAUGCGCUCUUUUUAUUUUGAGGGCUUAAACCAAAUUGUCUUGGAAUUAAAGCUGUAUUUCUGCAGCUUUCAGUACAGAGAAAAAGAGGAAAGUGAAGCUGUGUCAGUUUUAACAUUAGCUAUAUCACAACAUGUUUAAGAAAAGAUAGAUGAAGUCAUUUGCAUAAAGGUACAGCAUUGAAAUACUAUGUUGUGUUUGUUUUUACAUUUUUGCAUUAAAGAAAAAACAUGCAGUAAAAGCCAAGUUACAUUUCAUAUUAAAGCAAGUUCUAGUAUAUGUGUUGAGUUCCUAGUAAUCACAUACUUACUCACAUCUACAUCAUACUUCAUAGUAUGAUUUGUCAGGGGAGGGACUGUGGGGUGACAGUUUUACAUUUACUUUUUCUUCUUAAUGCAGCUGGAUCUAAGUAAAAUGUUUUGAAGAAACUCAAUAUACUUUUAAAACAUACAAGGUCAGGGAUGGGGGAAAAAUACAGGUAUAGUAAGUAAGGAAAGUGACCCAUGAAGAAAGCAUUGUGAGGUUGUAUGUUGGUUGACUGUGAUUAAAAUGCGGGGCUGGUUUAAGUUGUUAAUGGUGGCCGAUUGCUAUGUAACUAUGUACAUGAUUAUUGGGAUGGCUGUCCCAUAUUUUGUAUAUUGGAAUAAAAAUUUCUAUAAAUUAUUGUAACUAAAAGUAAAUAUUCUAAAUUAAAUCCCACUUCUUAAGUCACAUGGCUUCUGUCUUGGAAAUUGUACCUUUAAAAGAUUACUUAAGACAGGAACCAGGAGGCUUGGGAACAGGGAAAGAUGGAAAUGUUGUAUUAUGUGGGUCUUGCGGCCUCUAACCAUCAGUAAAGGGUUUUUUCUUUCCUUGAUGGCAGUAGAAAGACCUCAUUUUCAUAACUACUCUCGAUACUUUCUUUAAAAACACUUUUUAUUAAAGAUUCUAUCAUGAGGUAUUUGGGAGCUGGGAGGCUAAAGCGCUCAUGUCCUGGCUCUUCAGUGAAUUUAACUGUGUGACCUUGGGCAAGUCACUUAACCUCUCUGUGCUUCAGUCUCCCUGUCUUGUAAAAUGGGAGUAAUACCUACCUCACAGGGUUGUUGUGGGGAUUAAUUAGAGAUAAUGUCUGUAAAGCAUUUAAGGUUCUUGAAGAAGGCGCUAUAUAAAUAUAAAAUAAUAUCUAUUAAAGUUGGUUUAUUUGUG